UGAGGAGGCAAAUUGUCUAGGAUCACGGAUUUGGAAGACUGGAAGACUAUAGGUGAUCUUCACCAAAUGUUACAUUGUGUCAGUGCCAGCCUUUCGAGGAAGCUUUGCCACCAGAGCAGGGAAAGAGAAGUUCAACAAAAGAUUCCAGACCAAAAUUGAAACAAUGGUCGACCUCACGCAUCUAAUGGAGAAUGAAGUAUUCAUGGCCUUUGCCUCCUACACAACGAUUGUUCUUUCAAAAAUGAUGUUUAUGAGUACUGCAACUGCAUUCUAUAGAUUGACAAGAAAGGUUUUUGCCAACCCGGAAGACUGCGCAAGCUUUGGCAAAGGAGAGAUUGCCAAGAAGUAUCUUCGGACAGAUGACAGAGUGGAACGUGUACGAAGAGCCCACUUGAAUGACCUCGAAAAUAUUGUGCCAUUUCUUGGUAUUGGCCUUCUGUAUUCCUUGAGUGGUCCAGAUCUCUCUACUGCCAUCCUGCACUUCAGGCUCUUUGUUGGAGCACGAAUCUACCACACAAUUGCAUAUUUGAUACCCCUUCCCCAGCCAAAUCGCGCUUUGGCUUUUUUCCUUGGAUAUGGAGUUACACUGUCAAUGGCUUACAGAUUGCUGAGAAGUAGGUUGUACCUGUAAAGAGAAUCAUACAACUCAUCAUCCAGUGAUUUUCUAACAAUUCUGUACUUCCAAUUUGUAACAAAUACUUUUUAAGAUUUUAAGUGGGAAGGGAGCAGAGAAAUUAAGAUAGGGAAAACCUAGUCUGAAUAUUAAUGUCACCAAUAUCCUUUAUUCUUUUUUAAUAUUUGCACUAGAAAUUUAACAUAAUUUUUAGCUCUUUUGUCUUAUUCUUAAGUACUUUGUUUUAAAUUUUGAUUGUAAUUUGUAACAUUAUUCAACAUUUCAUAUUCUAAAUCUUUAGAAAGAGUAAGUACAUGUAUGUUAAACUUGUAUUUCAGUAUUGCUGAAAUCGGCAUAUGAAAUAAAGAAUUUAAAGAACGA